GUCCGCGAUCUCUUGGCAAGCCUCGUCCUCGUCCGUCCUCUUGCCCUCGCCAAGCCAGACCUCCAGGAUCCUACGCCGGCCCGAUUUCCGUUCCGUCUCGCCCAAAGCCAUCAACUCGACCCCUAGCCAACAUGUACUUCGCCGCCACCAUCGCUCUCUUCCUUGGCGCCGCCUCGAGCGCGCUGGCUCUGCCGACCCCCAACGUGAGCACUGUCGCCGCCGCCGCCGCCAAGGUCCUGGUCAAGGUGGACCUCCCGGCCCCCAACAACUGGCUCACGGCCUCGCGCCUGUACCCCAGCAACGUGAUCGCGGCCUACAACGCCGAGCUGGCCGCGUACGACGCUGAGAGCUGGAACGCCCACAUCCUGGAGAAAUGCCAGGGCUUCAGAGACUGCACCUCCACUGCAAGCUACCAAGGCACUAACAGCGGAAGCACCGGAGGACGCUACUGGUUCGGAGAGGUUUACCGUGGUGGCCCGACCACCGCGGCCGACUACGAGCGAGUUCCUGACGCUUCGCUCGGUGUCACCAACUCCCAGAUGUACACCAUCAAGGCCUAGGUGGUUGCCAAGAUGGCGGGGCGGGAGCACAAUCUCCGUGUCCGAGUUGAUGGCAGUGUUUUCUUUUUUUCCCUUUGAUGCAAUGGGUGCUGCGCCUUGUCGCCGUGUUGGGACUUGACUUUGGUUGCUUUGCUCGUAGCCCCGCAGAUUCGCGACGUCUUGAAUCUCGAGGUCUCAAGGGAAGGUCAAUAAGGAGUUAAACUGCCUCACAGUUAGGCCUCGGAACGGCCUCCUACCGAGGGUGCGGGUGACAUACCGCGGGAGCCUGCCACCAGUAGCUGCCACCCCGAGAAUAUUAAUAUACGACCAGCCCCAAUCCAUCCCAAGCCACCCUGCGGCCACCCUGCGCUCUCACGUUGCACCAACUG